AUGGAGGAUCUGGAAGAUUCCGAGAGCAAUGUUGUCAUCAAUUUGAUUGACGUGCCGGAACCGCUGCCGCGGCUUCCCUUCUCAACGUCAUCACCAGCGCUUUCUGGCAAAUUCUCGACUGGAAACGGUGUCGGUGCUUACAAUGCUUGCAACGAAAAGGAUUGCCAGCAAAGUCCCGAUUCAGAGGCUGCCGUUGUUGGGCGGUAG